AUGAAAAUAAUGAAUAACUUUAAAAAAUUUGAUUCAGUUACACAAUUAUUCAAUAUGAUAUUUUAAUAGAACCAAAGACUAUUCAGCUAACACAAAUAAUUUUGA